AUUAGUGUGAGCUGCGUUUCUGACGUCUUCCAUAUGCAGCACAGGUAUGUGUGAGGAAGCUUUAUCAGUCCCCUUCUAAUCGUUUCUGGUUUGUUUGGCAAUCACUGUCAAAUUCAUUUUCUAUACAACUUGUACUAGAACUCGGUUUUGCUUUGAAAUAAAACUUCAAUAUCUUCCAGAAUUGAAUCACUGAAAUAGGUGGAGAGUGAAUGCCAACCAUGGCCAGGUGCUGUGUCGUGACCGGCUGUGCAGCAUCCAAUCAGGACUUUGGCACUUUCCUGUUUAGCUUCCCAAGGGACGAAAAGCUACGCCAACAGUGGAUCGAUGUUCUGGGAAAACCUUCAAGCUGGACCGUUCCUGAGGCGGCCUAUAUCUGUUGGAGUCACUUUGAAGGCAAGUCCAUCCACCAGGAUGCUUCUGGAUUCCGUCGCACGACCGAUGCCAUACCGUCCCAGUAUCUGAACAAUGGUCAACUCGACUGCAGUUCGGACCACUACUGUCGAUUCUGUGCGCGGAGGCUGUUCAGUGAAUUGAUGGGCAAUAGUAUCAGCGACAUCAAACGAUCAGACGACGCCAACAAGUUCCUCAGGUUAUUGUUGAGUGACGAGAAUGAUCGUGACUUGUCCGCUUUGGCAUGUGACGAAUGCAUCAGGCACGUACAACUGACGAUGAGAUUCAUCAGAAAUUGCGCCAAAGCUACCAAAGAGCUGGAACAGAUUGCCAGGCUUCGCUCCGAGAGGAACCUACUGUUGACCAAAGAGGAAGUCAAAACGGAGUUGGAUGAUGAGAUUCCAAUGGACAGCCUUCACACGGAGGUGAAGCUCGAAAGUUCCAGUUUAGGAGAUAUUAGCGACAGGGACGACCGAUUUUCCGACUCCGAAGACGACGACAUUCCGCUGGCGGUGCAGUUUCAACAAGAAAUCAAGGAAAACGAUCUCAAGUGCUCGUACUGCUCUUACAGUUGCGCCAAACGGAUUCAACUGACUAGUCACCUGAAGAAGCAUCGCGACAUACUUCCACCGAAGAAUACACCGGAAGGUAAGCUUAGCUGUUCGGAAUGUGAAUUCAUAUGUGAUAAACCUAUUCAGCUGGCGAGUCACAGGAAAAAGCAUAAACGGGUGAAGCAAGAGCGGUCAGAAGGUGAAGGCAAAUCGAAAGGCGUACAUCCGCAAGACAUUGGCGUAGACAAUCCUAGUUCGGACGCUUCCGAAGAAAGCACUUCGAACAACGAGACUUCAUCGCCGAUACUUUACUGCUCGGAAUGUCCGUACACGUGCACACGGCCAAUCCAGUUGGCCAGUCACAAGAAGAAGCACACCGGCUAUCAGCACAAGCGCGCACAGUGGGAGGAGAAAAAGAAGGUAAAGGACGUCUACGAGUGCGAAUUUUGCGAUUUUAAGUGCAAACUUCGUCGCCAGAUGGCCGGGCAUCGUGCCUCGCACUCGGAGCUGAUCAGAAAGUCCAAACCAUCCGGAAAGGAGCGCGAUCACAUGUGCUCGAUCUGUGGCAAGAUCCUGUCGACGCGGGGAGCGUUCUUCGUGCACAUGAAGUACCACAACGACCAGCGGGACUAUCCGUGCGAUAUUUGUGGCAAGAAGUUCUACUCCAAGCGGGACGUAACCAUGCACGUAGAGUCGUUGCACGAGAAAAAGGUGUACGAGUGCGAAAUUUGCGGAGUCAAGUGCACCUGGAAGAACGCCCUCAGCAAGCACAUGCGGAAGCACGAUUCCAAGUCGUACAAGCUGGAGUGCUCGUACUGCGGCAAGCGGUUUAUGGCGGCUAACGAGCUGCGGUUGCACGUUUGGCGCCAUACCGGACAGCAGCUGACGUGCGAUUUAUGCGGAGCGGGAUAUAGGUUCAACUUCCUGCUAACGCAGCAUAAGAUCCGUGCCCACGGAAUCCAAGUUGACGGCGUGAAGCUUUACAAUCGUUUUAAAAAAGAUACACCAGGAAGCGGAAAACGCACAUCGCACAAGUCCAAACAACAGUCAAUUGAUAAUGCUCCAACAGACGCCAUCCCGGGUACUACUACAUCUCCAGAGACGCACGGUCAAUCUGCACGAGUAGCUGAACAACCGCAAGCGCCACUUGAAGAUGCGACAAGUUCCUCUUACUCCUCGGACAUACCAACCGGCAGCUAUCCGAACCAUAUGUUACAACCGACACCUGCGGUAGGACUUAAUCAGCCAAUGGCGUUUCACCCUUUGGGAUCCGUAAUAGGGCAUCAGCAAGUGCCACCCGAAGUGUCACAAAGCAGCAUCUUCAGCCAUGUUAAUAAUUAUUGAGAAAGAAGGAAUUCGAA